AUGGUGGGUGCGAAGGCCCCUCUCGCUAGCGUGUGGAGGGAAGUCCAGGGCGCCGACGACUGGGAGGACCUCGUGGAGCCGCUGCAUCCCCUCCUCCGCGAGGAGAUCGUGCGGUACGGCGAGCUCGUCGCCGCGUGCUACAAGGCCUUCGACCUCGACCCGAGCUCGAAGCGCUACCUGAACUGCAAGUACGGCAAGAACAGUAUGCUCCGGGAGGUCGGGAUGGCGGGCUCGGGCUACAAGGUCACCAAGUACAUCUACGCGACCCCCGACAUCAGCAUCCCCACCCAGAGCGGCACCUGCCGCAGCCGGUGGAUCGGGUACGUCGCCGUCUCCGGCGACGAGGAGGUGAGGAGCCUCGGAAGGAGAGACAUCCUGGUGUCCUUCCGGGGAACGGUGACCAACACCGAGUGGAUCGCCAACUUCAUGAGCUCGCUCACUCCCGCAAGAUUAGACCCCCACGACCCCCGCCCCGACGUGAAGGUCGAAUCCGGCUUCCUCAGCCUCUACACAUCAGAUGAUAGCAGCUGCAAGUUCAGCAGUGGCAGCUGCAGAGAACAGCUGCUAUCCGAGGUCUCUCGGAUUGUUAACAAGUACAAGGAUGAGGAGCUGAGCAUCACGUUGGCCGGACACAGCAUGGGAAGCUCUCUAGCUCUUCUACUGGGCUACGACCUCGCCGAGCUUGGAUUGAAUAGAGAUGCAUCCAACCGAGAGGUGCCCAUCACGGUGUACUCGUUUGGUGGCCCGAGGGUCGGCAAUUCCGGCUUCAAGGAGAGGUGCGACGAGCUCGGUGUGAAGGUAUUGAGAGUGGUGAAUGUCAACGAUCCCGUCACGAAGUUGCCCGGCGUUUUUCUCAACGAGAACCUCCGGGUCCUGGCGGGGAGAUUCGAGCUUCCAUGGAGCUGCUCCUGCUAUGCUCAUGUGGGAGUCGAACUGGCUCUCGACUUCUUUAAGAUGAAGAAUCCUGCAUGCGUUCAUGACUUGGAUGCUUACAUCGGGCUAUUGAAGUGCCCGAAGAUGGCACAGGUUAAGAAGGAUGGGGAGAAUCUUCUCAACAAGGCAAAGAAAUAUCUAGGCUCACAAAAGCUCAACGUGUGGCAGUGGGAAGAAGCUGCAAGGCAUGUUGGUGACUUGGUGCAAUCUCUGAGAAUAUAAGGCCUAACAAAUUAAAACCAAGGCUCCAUAGCAGAUGAUCUCCUCAUCCCUGUACAUUUCACAUACA